CACUUUUGUUGAGCUGGGCGCAGCAGUCUGCGCAUGCGCACAGAAUCACAAGCAGAAGCGUCAUGUGUUCAUCGAAGUUUAGAGAGCUGAUGGUUUACUUUCACUCUCCCUUUAACAAACCGAUUCCUUCAACGAUAACAAUUGUAUUAUAAACAAAUCUGCGCACAGUGUAGGCUAUUAUUACACCUGGGCUGUUGGCCCUUUUAUUACACGUUGUUACCUAAAAAACAUACUUCCACUGUUGGGUUUGACUUUUUUCUCUGAAAUGCAUGUGUUUUAUGAUAUGUGCAUGAUGUAAUAACAACAGAGCCAGCCAUCCAGUGAUUUGUGUUUGUUAGUUUGUUAUUGUCAUUGAGACAGAGGCAUGGACUCCUCCCCCAUUUGAAAGGUGUAUAAAUGCAGCAUGAGCCUGCCAUUCCAGCAGCAAGUCUAAAAGCUUUAUGUAGCCCAACAUGAAAGGACUAAGCUUUGUUCUCCUUGUGCUUCUUCUGAUGAUGCCAGAUGGGGAGGGUACUGAUCCAGAGAUGCAGUAUUGGACUUGUGGGUAUAGAGGACUCUGCAGACGGUUCUGUUAUGCUCAGGAGUACUUUGUUGGUCAUCACGGUUGCCCUCGCAGAUACAGGUGCUGUGCCAUACGCGCCUAAAAGCCUCGAGGGAUGGUGAUGCGGCUCAAGAUGAAGCUCAUGAUCAAUAGGCUCUGCCAAACACACCUCAAAUAAAUUGGUGAACAUUUACA